AUACAUCAUAUUUCACCGGCCGGCAUUUCGUGGCGUGCGCGCAACAACGAUGGCGACAACGCGUGCGCCGCACACGGGCGAGAUUAUCGCUUCGUCGGGGUGGCUGCUGCCGCGGUGACGAGGAAAGGGUGGACGUCGCAGCGCCCGUCCGGCAGCCCGGCAUCGAUUCGUACCGUCCUCGCCGGCGCGAUGCGCGCGGGGUGACGUCAUGGCGCCGCGUUUACGCCAAUGAGGGUCCGCAUCGGAUCGCGUCGCGUACGUGAGCUCGAGCGUGCGAGCGACCGUGCGAGUGGACGAGCUGUCUGGUGGCGAAGAGAAAAGACAGUGUCAUGCCGUGGCCCUGACCUAAGUCUUACUUCCGGCCGCACGAGCCGAUCGCCUUGGUGUCAUCCUCUGUUCUUGGUUCCUCAAAACGCGCCCUUCGCGUAUUCGGACGCUCGGCUGACGCGCGUUUCCGCGCGGAGGAUCGCAGCGGUGCCUCGUUCUACUUACACCCUAUGCCAUGUUACAGUCGCAAUUCGAGGACUAUCUGCCGUAUCUGGGCGGAGCGGCCGGUGCCCUCGUCGUCACCGGGGUGGCUUACUGGGCUUCCAGACCGACAGCCGAGAAACCGCUCUUUCCGCUCGACGCUCAGGCACUACUGCUACCGGGCAACGAGCACAUUCGGGUGUCGAGGUUCUUUAAAGAGGGCAAGGAGGGCAAGUUCGUCACCUUCAUCCACGAGGAUACACGCACUCUCUACGAAGGCUUCCGUCGCGGCGCCAAGGAGUCCAAUAAUGGUCCUUGUCUCGGAUGGAGAGAGGAGCCGAGCAAACCCUACCAAUGGCUUCAUUACAACGAGACGCUGCUCAGGGCGAAGAAUUUUGGUUCCGGCCUAGUGUCCCUGGGGCUGGCCCCUGGUCAACAAACUUUAGUAGGCCUGUACAGUCAGAAUUGUCCCGAAUGGAUUCUCACCGAGCAGGCAUGCUAUUCGUAUUCACUCGUGGUGGUGCCAUUGUACGAUACCUUGGGCCCGGAUGCCUGUGCGUACAUCAUUAAUCAAGCUGAAAUUAAUCUGGUGGUGUGCGAGGAUGACCAAAAGUGCAAUUUACUUCUUGAUAAAGCACCCAGGUGUUUACGGAGGUUGGUGGUUGUGAAGCCGACGCGGCCGGCGACGAACCAGCGGGCGAAGAAUCGCGGCGUCGAGCUGUACAAGUUCGACGACAUCGAGCGUCUCGGCGCCCAGAAGAAUCAUCCGGAGUUGCCGCCGACGCCGAGCGAUCUCUGCACGAUAUGCUACACGUCCGGCACCACCGGCAAUCCCAAGGGCGUCAUGCUGACGCAUCAGAACGUCAUGGCGUCCAUAUGCUCGGUGAUGAUGCAAAUGGGCGACCAUCGGCUGACGGCCGAGGACUCGAUGAUCAGCUUCCUGCCGUUGGCGCACAUGCUGGAGCGUUGCUGCGAGAACGCCAUGUACUUGGUGGGCGCUUCCGUCGGCUUCUACAGCGGUGACAUUAAGAGGCUGCCCGAGGACAUGAAAGCCCUCAGGCCUACCGUCAUACCGGCCGUGCCUAGACUGUUGAAUCGGAUGUACGAUAAGGUGCAAGCCGAGCUUCAGAGGUCGUUUCUAAAGAGGAUGAUAUUUAACAUGGGCAUGCGGGCAAAAGAAACGGAGAUCAAAAAGAGCAUUGUGAGGAAUAACAGCUUAUGGGACAAGAUCGUAUUUAAAAAAAUUCAGGACUCGAUGGGCGGCAGACUUAGGCUGAUGCUCGUAGGUUCCGCGCCGUUGGCGGGGAACGUGCUUACGUUCACCAGGUGCGCCCUUGGCUGCUUGGUGAUCGAGGGUUACGGUCAGACAGAGUGCUGCGCGCCAAUAACACUCACUAUUCAGGGCGAUCACGUACCGGAGCACGUGGGACCACCGGUGGCUUGUUGUUGCAUUAAGCUCGUGGAUGUUCCGGAGAUGGAAUAUUUCGCGACGAAUAAUCAAGGCGAGGUGUGCGUCAAGGGCACUAACGUCUUCAUGGGAUACUACAAAGACCCUGAAAAGACUGCCGAAGUUAUCGAUGAACAGGGGUGGCAUCACACGGGUGAUAUUGGCAUGUGGCAGCCUAACGGAACGUUAAAAAUAAUUGAUCGGAAGAAGCACAUCUUCAAGCUGUCGCAAGGAGAAUACAUCGUGCCGGAGAAGAUCGAGAAUAUUUAUAUACGUAGCCAAUAUGUACAACAAGUAUUCGUCCAUGGAGAGUCGCUGAAAUCUUGUAUCAUAGCAAUAGUAAUACCAGAUGUAGAUGUAGUCAAGUGCUGGGCGGUGGAGAAUCGCAUACCAGGCACACUGAGCGUGCUGUGCGUCAAUCCAGAAGUAAAAAAACUGAUCUUGGAUGACAUGCUCGCAUGGGGAAGAGAAGCUGGUCUUAAGUCGUUUGAACAGGUGAAAGAUAUAUAUCUCCAUCCAGACCCGUUCUCCGUACAAAAUGGGCUUCUAACACCAACGCUAAAAUCGAAACGGCCUCAACUGAAAGCGUACUUCAAGCCACAGAUAGAGGAUCUCUAUCAACACUUGGACUGACCAGAUUGAGCGAUCGCACUACCGUUCGCUCGCACCAGCACUGACUGUAAAAAAAGAAAAGAUGGUAGAGAAGGAAGUGACAAACGCCUUUCCUCACCGCCGUUCUCUUCACCGAAGUCACUACUAUCAUCGAAUAUCCCUCGAAAACUUUUAUUAUGUAUCAUUUUCACAGGUACAUUAGGGAUGCAGACAAAAGCACCGUUUAAGCUAAUUAAGGUAAAGGACAACAUUACAAGUAAUAAAAGAAGUUAUUAUUA